AUGUUAUUAACAAGACUUUUAGGAAAUUUAAAACUGAUUAGCUCUGAAUUACCCAACACAUCUAAAAUCUUUGCAUUCUUAGAAAACAAAAAUCAUGCUUUAUCUUUUGAUGGAAAAGAAUUAAAAGGACUUAAUCGAUCUCUAUCGGAAAAUAAUUUUAAAAUCCCUGAAUUAACACCAGGUGUUGAGAAAAAUAUGGUAACAAAAUUCAAUUUAGGUGCAAAUAAGUUGUGUGUGAAUACUGAAAAUAAAAUUGUUAAAUGUUCGGCAGGCUCAAAAGAAAUGAUUAUUUUACUAGAAUUUUUAACAGAAAACAUAAAAGUGAGACUGAAAGAUAUUAAUGGAAACUGUUUUACAAAGAUAGGUGAAGAAAGUCAAUUUGACAAAUUAAAUGUCGAAUUGUUACCUUGUGAAAAUGGUAAUAAAGAUCAAACUUACAUUCUUGUAGACAGAAAUCCAAGUUCACAACCAAAAGUUCAUUUAGCUGCAAAAAUAUAA